AAUGAAUUAACCACAGACUAGACAAGUAUAGAAGUUAACAAUUGAUGAUAAAGUAAGUAGAUCUACAUAAUAUAUUUAGUAAAAAUUUGAAUUAUAAAAGGAAAUAUUUAUCACAAUCAGAUUAAUUGAUAUGGUAGAAAAGUGUGCAUAAUUGGCUGAUGAUAAAAUAACACCAGAAAAACACUCUUAAGAAAUAACAAAAUUGAUUGAAAGGUACAAAAAUUUUACAUCUAAAAUUGAUAAAUAUGAUCUUAACUAAUUCAUUAAGGUUUAUAUUUUGAUUCUAUUGAUUAGGAAUAUGGACUUGAAGAUUGCAAAUUUGGAAUCGACAGAAUAAACAAAGGACCUCCAUAAAUUAAAUAAGGAAAUAGAAUUUAAUUAGUUGUUGAUCUCAUGCAAAGAUUCUAUUUAAUGCAAGAUAUCAUCUUAGAAAACAAAGAUAAUCCAAAAACAUAAAUAUUUAAACCAAUUGUAGAUUAGUUGAUAAUGCUGUUAAUCAGAGCCAAAACUGAACUUCCACCAUAUAAAUCAUACUUAGAGGAUUUACAAUAAUUGUAAUAUUAAUUCAAUAUUUUGUUUAGCUCCAAAUAACAUCUUGAAAAUUAGAUUAUUGGAGUGAUACCUGAAGAGGAAUUUUAAAAGUUUGAAAGUAUAAUAGAUUUGGCUUAGUAAAGUUUUAUGACUUCCCAUUAAUAACAAUGAGC